CCGUAGAAGAAGAAGGGGGCGUGUAGCGGUUAGCCUGACGCUAACUGCGAGCUAAAGUUGAGUCUUCUACUUUCACUUUCUGAGAAGCAACGAUAUCCCCGAUGGGAUGAGCGGGUCUUCCUGGGAAACGAAACUGGACGCCGCCGUGGCCGCCUCGGACACAGUUUAGCUCGUACAUGCCGGCGUUUAACCGUCCUCUGCGGCGGUUCUAACAGGUUGUAGCCGGUGGCGUCAAAAGUUUUCCCCGCUAACCGUCCGAACGGCGUCAGUUUACAGCUAGCUUUAACGGGCUAGCAGCCGCUAGCAUGGAGGUCGGUGGGAUGGCGCCGAGUAACGAGGAGCGGGGAGUGGAGAAAGCCAUGGACGAGUACUUGAAAUCAAUCGAUCUGCAUCGGAAGAAGAUCGCCAAGGACGGGUCGUGCUUGUUCCGGGCUGUCGCUGAGCAGGUGCUGCACUGCCAAAGUCUCCAUACUGAAGUUCGGGCCAAAUGUGUGGAGUUCCUGAAGCAGAACAGAGAGAGCUACGAGGCGUUUAUUGAAGGUGACUUUGAGGAAUACCUGUACAAGCUUCAGGACCCACAGCAAUGGGUGGGAGAAGUGGAGAUCAACGCGUUGGCUGUCAUGUACAAGAGCGACUUCUUGAUCUUCCAGGAACCCGGAAAACCGGCCGUCAACAUCACAGACAACAACUUCAAGGACAAGGUGCGGUUGUGUUUCCUGAACGGGAAUCACUACGACAGCGUUUAUCCCAUCAGCCACAUAAAGAACGCCGCCGUCUGCCAGUCCAUCCUGUACGAGCUGCUGUAUGACAGAGUGUUUAAGGUGGACCGGAGCUUCCUGGGUCUCUGCCAGCGGACCAGCCGACCCACCGACCUCCUGAGCGACGACAACAUGUUCGCCUGCGCCAGCAGCGACGAGUCCGACCCGGACACCGGAGACGCCCUCUGGGUGGAAAAUGGAACGAGCUUGACCUCUACGAGACACAGCAGCCAGACUUACAGGGGUCGCGGUCGAGGUCGGCAGCUGCCCGAGAGAGUCCGAAGAUCUCUGAACCCAACUCUGCUGAGGAACAUCGAGUACGACGUCUGGCAGAAGAGCAAAAGAGCCCAGCAGAAGAUGGAUUACUGCAUCGCUGCUGGGAUGCAUUUCUCAGUCGGAGAUCACUGCCAGGUGCGUCUGGACGGCAGUGGGCGGAGCUACGGCGCCACCAUCAAGGAGGUUCCUCCCAAUAACGGACCAGUGACAGUUUACAUCGAGGAACUGGGCCGGAGACAGACGGUCUCUCUGUGGAGCCUCAGACCCCCCAGUGAUGGAGGCAGCUGGAGCACCGUCGCCAACCGGGACAAGAAGCUCAGCAAUGGGCACGGAGAGUGGGAGGAAAGAGGUAGAGGAAGAGGAAGAGGGAAAGCCCUCCCAGCAACUUCCUCUGUUUCCACAGCAACAGCACAAGGUGCUACUGGGCGUGUGCAGAAGCAGCACUCAUGGCCGCCGCCGACCACUGUAGAGGAGCAGGGGGCAACUAAACCGACCAGGAAGUCUGUGAGCUCAGCGGAGUCGGCAUUCGGUCUGACAGAGGAGCAGCGAUUGGCCAAAGAGGAGGAGGAGAGGAACGUGGCUCUGGUGGAGAUCCAGCUGAGAGACGAACUCAGCUUCCCUGCCCUCGGGACGCAGAAUGAAGGAGGGAAGAGGAAGGGAGGAGAGAAGAGACGAUCUCAGAGGAACAAGACGAAGAGUCCGGUUGAAGACGUCAGAGCUCCAUCUCCUAAAUCUUUGACUCCGCCUCCUCCAACCUCAUCUCCACCUGAGACCGACCCCACUAACUCCGCCCCUCCUGUUGAUUCCACCCCCACCUGGCUGAGCUCCAUUAAACCGUCGUCCUCUCAGUCCUAUGCUUCAGCUGCUGGUCCUGCUGCUGGUCCUGCUGCUGGUCCUGCUGCUGGUCCUGCUGCUGGUCCUGCUGCUAAACCUGCGCUGACUCCUCCCCCCUUCAUCACCCCCAUCCUCCCCCCUGCCUCCUCCUCCUCACCUCCUCCCACCUUCAUCGCUCCCAUCGCCCCCUCUCCCUCCUCUGCUCAGGGCCUCCCCCGGUCCUCCCCUCCCACCUCCUGCCUCCCCCACUCCUCCCCCAGCCCUCCGUCCUCCCUCCUCCAGGAGGCUCCAGCAGCUCAAAGCACAAAUUCUUUUCCCAAACCUGGAGUCCCUGUGACGUCGUCUCAGAUGGUCCAAAGACAGAAUUCUGCUCAGGAGACUCAGAACCAGACCUCAGGACCACAAAACCAGAACCAAGGUUCUGAACCACAAAACCAAGUCCUGAUGACCCAGACCUCUGUCCCCCAAAUCCAGACCUCUGUCCCCCAAAUCCAGACCUCUGUCCCCCAAAUCCAGACUCAGACCUCUGUCCCCCAAAUCCAGACCUCUGUCCCCCAAAUCCAGACUCAGACCUCUGUCCCCCAAAUCCAGACCUCUGUCCCCCAAAUCCAGACCUCUGUCCCCCAAAUCCAGACCUCUGUCCCCCAAAUCCAGACUCAGACCUCUGUCCCCCAAAUCCAGACUCAGACCUCUGUCCUCCAGACCCAGACCUCUGUCCCCCAAAUCCAGACUCAGACCUCUGUCCUCCAGACCCAGACCGAGUCCUCUGUCGCCCAGAUCCAGACCUCUGUCCCCCACAUUCAGACCUCUGUCCCUCAAACCCAGAUCCAGACCUCUGUCCCCCAAAUCCAGACCUCUAUCCCCCAGACCCAGUCCUCUGCCCCCCUGUCCUCCCAGCCUCUCCACCACGUCCAGCCUCCUCACCCCUCCCAGGUCCCUCACCCAUCCCUCUGUCUCAUCUCCUCCUCCCCCCUUCAGAGUCAAACUGAAGCCCCGCCCCCUCCUCCCCCCCUCUCGUCCCUCCCCGCCUCCGUCCCCCUGCAGCUGUCCCAGGUCUACCAGGACCCCCUGUACCCGGGGUUCCCUCAGGGAGAGAAGGGGGACGUGCUCCCGACUCCAGGCUUCUCGUCCAGCAGGAUGGGGGACGACCUGCCCCGAGAUAUCAACAUCCUGAGGUUUUUCUUCAACCUGGGUAUCAAGGCCUACUCCAUGCAUUGGAUCCCCCCCUACAUGUACCUCCUGCCCCUCCAGCAGGCCCACGCCAUGCAGCCCAAACUCUCCUCCCGCUCCCCGUCCCCCCACUAUCCACCCCCCACCAGGCACCAGGAUGCCUACCUGCCCCCCCAGUACCACAACACAUCCCCACCCCCCCAGUACCCUGCUGCCUCCACGUCCCCCCAGUACCCUCCCACCUCGGCGCCCCCCCAGUACAACCACCAGGCCCACCUCGCUGAGCCGAUGGGGUACCCCAACACCCAGCCCCCGCCCCACAGGAUGCCCUGCCCCUCGCUGUCAUGGCAACAGAUGCCCCCAUCCAGAACCCCCCCAUACACAGGUGGGUAUUCCUCCAUGACGCCUUCGUACCCGAUUCCCCCACCAGCAUCUCAGGGCUACCCCCAGGGACACAGCCCAGGACACCCCAUGUACCCCCCGGCUGUGCCCCCGUACCCCCCUUCGUCUCUGGGGUAUCAGCCUCCGUCUGCCCCCGAGGAGCUCCAGAUGGGUCAGGGGGCCGUGAAGCAGAUCAAGCCCGCCAAUGGGGACACGAUGCUGGGCCACGAUCGCGUCAGAGUCCCUGGUCCUCUGGAAGGUCCUGCUAAUGUGGCUAACGCUAACAGACCGGCGGUUCCUGGUUUCACCCUGAAAAAGGAGGCAGGAGACGGUGGGACCAGAGCAGUGCUGCUGGUGGACCCCCCCCUCAACAACCAGCCCAUACUCGCUCUGGUUUCAGACCCUGACGCUAAGGGCGCCCCCGUCGCCAUAGCAGCCAGGAAGCCCAGCAGCAGCCCCGCCUCCCAGUCUACGUACCGGGGCCCCCGUCAGCCGUAUGUCCCCCUCAGGGUCCCAGAGCCCACACAGGUGAGCUUCCUGGGGGCGGAGCCUCUGUCAGUGGCCUGCAGCACGGAGGACGACUGGCAGGAGGACCGACCUGCGAGCAUCAGAGGGAGGAGGAGCUACAGAGGAGGAGGCCGAAGCCGGGGGGGCUACAGGAGGAGGCCCGGGGUGGAGCUUGGAGCGGGACAGUACAGCUCCUCCCCGAGGGGGCGGGGCCAAGAGAGGAGCUACUAACUCUCAGCCAAUGAGAGGAGAGGACAUAAGAAGUUGAUUUUUUUUUUUUCUUUGUCACCAGAGAGCUGAUUGGAUUGUUUUUGCUGAGUCUUUUGGUCUCCGAGAAGAAACACGGACGCUUCUUUGUCCUCGAACGCAUCGUGUCCUCGAACGCAUCGUGUCCUCGCCUGCGUCACGUUCAGGAAACACCGUCGCCGUAUUUUAAAGCCUCAGAAUCUUAAACACAAACACUAUGUUGGAAUUUGUAAUGUUUGGUGCGCUAAUUAGCAUAGCAUGUUAGCAUCUCUGGAUUUAAAACACAUUUAAAGCUCGUUUUCAGGAUUAUAAACAAUAAAUUUUGCCUCCAUGUCGACAUUUGAGAUAAAAAAUUUACAAAUUUCUUCACAGGUUGUUGCUUUAGUGCCUGUCUGAUGUUUUUAUAGCUAGCAUCUUGUUAGCUUAGCAAAAUUCAUCUGACAAAACGAAGCCAAAUGUAUUUCUGACCAUCCAGGUUUUUACUUCAGUCAGUCAGCGUAGCAUAAAUGUUGAAUGCUUAAAGCCAUACAUUUAUUUAUAUACUUUAACCUUUGCAUUCAUCAAGCAAACAGCGAGUUAGCUUAGCAUAAAGAUGGAAAACAGCCCAGGCUUCAGAUUAAACGGCCAGUUAGCUUAGAUUGAGCAUUUUUUUUAAACGGCUGAGCUCUGAUGUUUUAAUGUUGACGUUUGGUUGUGUUUGUAGGUGGAUUUUGUUACCUUUUGGCAUCUUUAUGCUAAGCUAACCUAACUGUUUCCUGCUUCUUCUUUUCAUAUUUAGGACAUGAGAGCGCUGUUGGUCUUCUCACCUCGCUCUCUUUGAAGCUGAGCAAAAAAAUUCCCUUUAAAAGGAAGCCAAAUGUCUGACUUUCUCGAAUGAGACACAACUGAGAGCUUAGCGCGUCGCUACGGCAACACAAAUUUCAGCAUCUGUUAGCGCUGCGGGCUAAAAGCAGGAGGAUAAUCUGAUGUGAGAACAGCUUUUAGAGAUGUGUCGCGGCUAGAAACCUCAGCGGAGAGAGAGCUCUGGUUUCAUGUGUUUGUUUAGGUUUAGUUUUUUGUGCUGCUGCUGGUUUUUUUUUUUCUUCUUUGGAUCGACUCCGCUGAGAUCAGUGCCUUUGCUACUUUUACUGUUUGUCUUCUGAGAAACUGCUGUACGCAACAAACACGCCGUCUGCUGGGUUUUUCUAUGUGGAUGAAUAAAUAAAACUUUGGUUCAGUU